GCCCUUCGUAGGGUCCUGCUGGGGAAGGGCUUGCCCUGAGCACUGGCAAGAGCGCGCUGCAGCUUGUGCCACUGCUCUGAUGGAAAGAAUGCUUUUUCCUGGAUUUAAGUGGUUUGCUGUAGUUUAAACCCUCUUUGGCAAAGUUGAAAAAUUGUUAUCGUUUCUUCUUUAAGGCAGCUUUUCAAAUAUUUGAACCCUGCUAUCAUGUCCCCCUCCCAGCUCCAGCUCCUUUUUCACCCAGCUAAACACGACUAGUUCUCCCAGCCUUUCCUCAGUGCCUUUAUCAUCUCUGCUUGCUCUGGGAUCCUCUCCAGUUUGUCCACAGUCUGAAUCUGCGGGGCCCAGAACUGAGUAGAGCGGCAUGGUCCCCUCCUGUGUCUUGCCCGCUGCAUCCCUGUGAUGCGGGGUCCGAACCGGGUCUGUUAUGCUGACUGUACGGUGUUACUGGCUGGUACUGCUGCUGUGAUCCACCAGCCACCCACGGACCACCCCGCCUUAGCACCGCGGCUGCCUGGGCAGUCAUCUUCCUGCUCUGUUAAUUCAUUUGCCUUUUUCUGCCUUGGUGUAGCAUCUUGCUUUCAUCUGCUGAAGUGCAUUUUGUUGUCAUACACUCAGUUCUCCAAGUUAUCAAGGUCUUCCAGGUUUUGUCGUUUGUAAGCUUGAUCAGCAAGUGCUUGCUUUUUUGCAUUCAGGUCUUUAAUAGAAGUGAAUAGCACUGCACCCAAACAGGCCUCUGUGGCACCCCGCUUGAAACCCCCUGCCAUUCUGACCUCGCUCCACUUAUAGCUACUCUGUACUUGAAGUUACUCGGCCAACUACAAAUCAUUUCUGGAUAUGUUCUGCGCAUCCCCACAUGUUUCCAGUUUGUUUAUGAGACCAGUGAGUGGGACAGAGAGACUGACUAGAGAGGGUGAGUUGGCAAGUUUCUACACACCUUGAACAUAAUAAAGGCAAGUAGGGGGCUCGUCUGCUUUGUGCAAGAGGACGGUGGAUUCUGGGGCAAGAUUUUUGAGGAAAAAAAAUCCACCUUCCCAAAUUUUUCAUUGACAUUUUCUCAAGUUAGCAACUUCAGCACACUUGAGUUGGUGGUUUGUGCUUUGAGAUUUUCUGUGGGGUUUUUUUGCAGGUAUUUUCCAUGUAUACUCCUGCUUCUUGUAAGCUUACAGCAUUUAGGAAGUCAUGCACACUCAGAUGCACAAUUUUCCUUUCAGGCAGGAGAGCCAUGUGCACUAGCUAGACUGGUGUCUAAUGGUGUAGUAGGUGGUACCACGGAUCCUGAAGCCAUUUCACCUGGUCUACAAGCCUAGAGGGAGUGGAGCAAGCAGUGACUGGAUUAACCCUUGCCCACUGCUGCAGCAGCCUGUGAGGCUCUUGGUAGUCAGGAUCCAGCCCAGGGGACCCAGUGAAUGUGACAUCCCUGCCAUACACGGUCAAUUCCAGAAUACUCUUCCUUUACAAAAAAUUUCCUCCUAUAUCCCAUCAGUUAGUGGUCACUUCAUGCUCUGUGGCAAGAAGCAUUACAUCUUAUCUGUAUUCUAUUUAAUGCAGCUGGGGGAGGGAGAGUGCCUAGUUUGUUCUGCUGUACUAUACAUUUUAAGACAUCACACUUUUUUUUUUUUUUUUAAGAGGCAAACAGCUGAAUGGACCAGGGCUGAGUUGAUCUGGUUUAGUUUUCGCUUACUUCAGGGUACGCUUACUUGUGACCUAGUACCUCUUUUUGGCUGACAAACCUGUCUGUGCUCCACAUUACUUCCUGAACCCUGCCAUCAUGGCUGAGGGGGGAAAUGGAAAACAGAAGCAGUGAAAAGGCUUCAGCUGCACCUUGCCUAUGUGGACAACAUUUCUGCAUGUUUAUGAAAUUUUGGUGUUACAGCUUAUAUCUAGUGAUGCUGAUGGAGCCAUUCAAAGAGCUGGACGAUUCCGGGUAGAAAAUGGCUCUUCCGUCCAGAAUACAGAUUAUACCCCAGGUACAUGGUGCAGAACAGAUGUGCACUUGGAAAAUCCAGAGUAUCACACCAGAUGGUAUUUUAAAUAUUUCCUAGGAAAAGUUCAUCAGAAUUAUGUAGGUACAGAUGCAGAGAAGAACCCUUUCUUUUUGUCUGUUGUACUCUCGGACCAAAACAACCAACGUGUUCCUCAAUACCGCUCAGUUCUCUGGAAAAAAACAGGUACUCAGAAAAUAUGCCUACCCUACAGUCCCACAAAAACAUUAUCAGUGAAAUCUAUUUUAAGUGCCAUGAGCCUUGACAAAUUUGAAAAAAGCCCUAGAGAAAUUCUUCACCCUGAGAUACAAAAGGAUCUACUGGUUCUAGAAGAGCAAGAGGGCUCUGUAAAUUUUAAGUUUGGAGUUCUUUAUGCAAAAGAUGGGCAGCUUACGGAUGAUGAAAUGUUCAGCAAUGAAACUGGAAGUGAAAGUUUUCAAAGAUUUUUGAGUCUCAUGGGUGACACAAUUACACUGAAGGGCUGGACAGGCUACAGAGGAGGGUUGGACACCAAAAAUGAUACAACAGGAAUAUGCUCUGUCUACACAGUGUACCAAGGGCAUGAGAUUAUGUUUCAUGUUUCAACAAUGCUACCAUAUUCUAAGGAGAACAAGCAGCAAGUAUGCAAUUUUCAUAUUGAUUUUUCUUAG